CUCCUCGCUUCCCAUUCCUGGGCUCUGACUCGGACGCCCUUUUGUCCCCACCCGCCGAUCCGCCGCCGCGAGCCCGCGACCGCGAGACGAGACGAAACCAACUCGUCCCCCUCUUGAUCCCCCGUCUCGCUUCGCUCGGCGGCCGCGCCACCUCCAAAUCUCCAAGCUCCCCGACUCGGCGACUCCCACACGCCAUGCCCAUCGCGCCCGCGGCUUGCAGCCAUCAAACCCCCCCGCGCUCUUUCGCCUCCUGAGCCCGUCCGCUCGCCCGUGGCCAUGGACGCGAUCAGCAGCGAGGCGCCGGUGGGGGUGUUCGCGAUCGGCCCGUCCACGGCGCUGGGCCGCGCGUUGGCGCUGCGGGUGCUGCUCUGCGGCUCCCUGGGGCGGCUGCGCCACCGCCUCGCCGCGGCGCUGCGGGCCGCGCUCCCCGUGGCGGCGGGCUGGCUGCACCCGCGGGACAACACCCGCGGGAUCCUGCUCGCCGUCUGCGCCGUCGCGCUCCUGCUGCGGGUGCGGGGGCGGGGCGGCGGGCGCGCCGGGGUCCGGGCGCGGGUGCAGUCCGCGUACCGGCGCAAGUUCUGGCGGAACAUGAUGCGCGCCGCGCUCACCUACGAGGAGUGGGCGCACGCCGCGCGGAUGCUGGACCGCGAGACCCCGCGCCGCGCCACCGACGCCGACCUCUACGACGAGGAGCUCGUGCGCAACAAGCUCCGCGAGCUCAGGCACCGCCGCCAGGAGGGCUCGCUCAGGGACAUCGUCUUCUGCAUGCGCGCCGACCUGCUCAGGAAUCUCGGCAACAUGUGCAACUCCGAGCUCCACAAGGGGAGGCUGCAGGUGCCGAAACUCAUAAAGGAGUACAUUGAGGAAGUAUCUACUCAGCUGAAAAUGGUAUGUAAUUCUGAUUCAGACGACUUGCCUCUCGAAGAGAAACUUGCAUUUAUGCAUGAGACAAGACAUGCCUUCGGUAGAACAGCCUUGCUGCUAAGCGGGGGUGCUUCUCUAGGUUGUUUCCAUGUGGGUGUUGUGAAAACAUUGGUAGAACAUAAGCUUCUGCCAAGGAUAAUUUCAGGAUCUAGCGUUGGUUCUAUAAUGUGCUCCAUAGUAGCAACAAGGUCAUGGCCAGAGCUGGAGAGCUUUUUCGAGGAGUGGCAUUCCUUGAAGUUCUUUGACCAGAUGGGCGGGAUCUUUCCCGUAGUUAAAAGGAUUUUGACUCAUGGAGCUGUUCAUGACAUUAGACAUUUGCAGACGCUUUUGAGAAAUCUUACCAGCAAUUUGACAUUCCAAGAGGCCUAUGACAUGACGGGCCGGAUUCUUGUUGUCACUGUGUGUUCUCCAAGGAAGCAUGAGCCACCUCGAUGCCUGAACUAUUUGACAUCACCUCAUGUUCUCAUCUGGAGUGCAGUAACUGCUUCCUGUGCUUUUCCUGGUCUUUUUGAGGCCCAAGAGUUGAUGGCAAAAGACAGAUUUGGAGAAACAGUUCCUUUUCAUGCUCCUUUCCUGUUGGGCUUGGAAGAAAGAGUUGGUGCUACAACUCGGCGUUGGAGAGAUGGGAGCUUGGAAAGUGAUUUGCCAAUGAAGCAAUUGAAGGAAUUAUUCAAUGUGAAUCAUUUCAUAGUAAGCCAAGCCAAUCCUCACAUAGCUCCACUGUUGAGACUCAAGGAAAUUAUCAGGGCUUAUGGAGGCAGUUUUGCUGCCAAGUUGGCUGAACUUGCUGAGAUGGAAGUUAAGCAUAGGUGCAACCAAAUUCUCGAACUUGGAUUUCCUUUAGGAGGAAUAGCCAAGUUGUUUGCUCAAGAUUGGGAAGGUGAUGUCACAGUUGUUAUGCCAGCCACGCUUGCUCAGUAUUCCAAGAUCAUACAGAAUCCAUCUUACGCUGAGCUUCAGAAGGCUGCAAAUCAGGGUAGGCGAUGCACCUGGGAGAAGUUAUCAGCCAUUAGGGCAAAUUGUGCUAUUGAGCUGGUACUAGAUGAAUGUGUUGCCCUGUUGAACCAUAUGCGUAGGCUAAAGAGAAGCGCGGAAAGAGCAGCAGCUUCACAAGGACAUGGUCCUACAAUCAGACUCUGCCCAUCUAGAAGGAUUCCAUCAUGGAAUCUCAUAGCAAGAGAAAAUUCAUCUGGUUCCCUUGAAGAAGAAUUCCUUAUAUCUCCUCGUACAAACCAUCAUGCAGAUGGAGGAAUUGCUGGACCAUCUAACAAAAACCAUCAUGUCCAACAAAAUGUACAUGAUGGCAGUGACAGUGAAUCUGAGAGUAUAGACUUAAACUCAUGGACAAGAAGUGGUGGCCCUCUUAUGAGGACAGCCUCAGCCAACAAAUUCGUCAGUUUUGUUCAGAAUCUUGAGAUUGACACAGAGUUCAGAACAAUUUCAUCGAGGGAAGACAGAACUGAUGUUGUAACACCAAAUGCUAAUUUCUUGGUUUCUCAGGCAAUUGGUAGAGAAUCUGUUGACAACAGUGCAAUGCCUAUUACUCCUGAUAGGAGCUUGGGCAAUUCAGGUUAUGAUCCUCAUGAUAGUAAUGUCCCUAGAUCUCCAUUUGGUUGUUCAACAAGUAUCAUGGUUUCUGAAGGCGACUUACUGCAACCCGAAAAGAUUGAAAAUGGUAUUCUGUUUAAUGUUGUGAAAAGGGAUACUCUUCUAACACCUACAGGUGGAGUUGAGCUUCAGGGAACAUCGCAGGAACCAGACGUGGAAACAAUUCAGACAGAGUGCCUUGAUGAUGCUUCGGAUGACGACGAUGUGGGAUUAAAUGCUGGUGAUGAAGCAGCAAUUGACCCUAGAGCAAACAUGAGCAGCCAAAAUACACAACACCAGGGGUCUUCACUAGAAAAUAUAAAUCUGUCCUCUUCAGUAGAUUGUGAAGCUGAAACAAUUACUAGUAAAUCAAAGGGUUCAUCUCUUUUUGAUAUUGGUAUGGAGAUUCGUCCAACAAUCUUGAGCACGGAAAGUAGUAUGUACGAGAGGUCUUCUGCAAAAAUAGGACUGAGGACAGUGCAUGCAGAAUUUAUCAGCAAUCCAGGUGCUGGGAAGGGAGAAGUUGACUCAGGGGCUGCUAAUAAAGAAUUUUCCUAUUUUUCUCAAACAGCAGAUACUGUUAUAUUUUCAGAAAGCUGUGAAACUGGGCAACAUCAUGAAGUGAAUGUAGAAGCUUUAACCUCAUACCCUGUUUCAGUUCUGGAAGAUGAUAGGUCUGGUGGCUUCAAUUUGAGUGAAAUAAUGGCUACAACUUUCAUUGCCGAAGCUGAUGCUCCAAUAUCUAGAAGAGAUGAAGUUGAGCAGCAUAACGGAUCUCCAGUGGAAACAUUCCUGGACACAGAAACGGUACAAGCUGGGCCUUGCAGUUCUACUUUGGAGGGCAACAACACCAACAAUUCCGAGGAAAUGCAAGUUGUUUGCACCUCAGGAACCAAUUAGAAGUCAAGACAAGAAGGGAAGUUUUGGAUUUAUCAUAUGAAAAAACAACUUCAGUGCUCGUUGUAAAUCAUAUGCAGAUGUGCGCCAUGUUCUGUUGUCGAUUUAAAUUCGCACAUUACGGAAUAUCUUGUUAUGUAUUGUAGGUUAGUGAACUAGGGAAAGAGGUCGCUGAACUUGAUGAAAUUCCUCGUAAAUAGGAAAAGAAUGUCAAUGGUUUUGUUGAAGCUGCU